AUGAGGAAGAACAGGCAGUUGAAAGCUACCUGGGUUGCAAAACAAUUCCUUGAAGUCUUCAAAAACAGACCACAUUGGCCUGCAAAGGAAAUAGUGGACUGCAUUAAAAGAGCUUUCAAGGUCAUUGUGAAUAGGAUGUUUGCAUAUAGAGUGAAAUAUGCUGCCCACACUCUCCUACAUGGUUCAAUGCAUGACCACUACCAAAAAGUGGGAGCUUAUCUUGCAUCAUUGCAGACAAAAAGCCCUGGCAGUACAUGUGGUCAAUUGCUUUGUGCUGUUGGAAGGGAUGCCAAUGACCAAAUGUUCCCAGUGGCAUGGGCUUUUGUUGAGGGUGAGAAUAAUCUGAGUUUGGAAUGGUUUUUUGUGCAUCUACAGAAAGUGUUGAAGUUGGGAGAUGGUGAAGGUGUUGCAGUCUUGUCUGAUGAGCACCAGGCUAUUGUCAAUGCUGUGUCCUCUGUUCUGCCCCAAGCAGAACACAGGCAUUGUGCCAGACAUAUAUUUGCCAACUGGCACAAGACAUAUAGAGGAGAUGAGCUGAAGUUGCAAUUCUGGAAGAUUGUUAAGUGUUACAACAAGGCAGAUUUUGAUGAUGCAUUGAACGAGCUCACCGUGAUCAAUUGUGAAGCAGCUGAGGCAUUCAAAGGCUAUAAUCCUAGCCUAUUUUGCAGAGCUUUCUUGAGUACUUCAAUGAAAACUGAUGCAAUAACCAGCAAUAUUGCAGAAACUUUCAAUGGCUAUAUAAUAAAUGCAAGAACAAAGCACCUGUUGUACAUGUUAGAAGAUAUCAGAACAUGCUUGAUGCAGAGGCUACUCAAAAAAAGGCAAGAGAUGGAGAAAUGGUCAGGUGUUCUGUGCCUAAGAAUUCAGGCAAAGUUGGAGAAGGAGAAACACAAGGCUUCAUACUGUGAUGUGCAGCCUUCCACAGACCAAUUAUUCAAUGUCACCAAUGACCUGGACCAGCUAGUUGUGAAUUUUCAAGAAAAAACUUGCAGCUGUAGGAAGUGGGAAAUGGUUGGCAUUUCCUGCUGCCAUGCAGUUGCUUGCAUCUUCUUUAUGAACAAAGAAGCAGAAGACUAUGUGGACAGGUGUUACACAAGGGAAGCAUAUCUACAGGCUUAUGCAGGUUCAAUUCCACCCCUUGAAGGUGAGAGGUUUUGGCCAAAAGUGCAAUGUUCCUUGGACCCACCACCAAUUAAAAUUGGUCCAGGGAGGCCAAGGAAAAAUAGAAUUAGGGACCCUUCUGAGAACCCUAAAAAACCUGGGUGUUUGACUAAGACUGGUGUUGAGAUGACUUGUUCCUUGUGCAAACACAAGGGACACAACAAAAGAAGAUGUCCUAACAGGGAUACAAUACCACCCCCUCCUGAACCACCUACAAAAAGGCCUAGGGGCAGGCCUAGAAAAGAUGGCCAACCACCUUAUAGCAAUGUGCCUGAAAACCCUCAAACUCAGCUCACAAUUUCUGCAUCAGCUCCACACCAUUCAUGCACUGCCCAGCCUGCACAACUUGGGAGAGGUGGCAGAGCUAUAAGAGGAGGGUUAGGAUCAAGAGGAGGUGCUCAGAGUUCUGCUACAUCUGCAGCUUCUUUUGGCGGAAGAGAACAAGCUCAGAGCUCUGCUGGGAGAGGAAGAGGUGGUAGGUACAGUGGUGGUAGGGAAAAACAGAGAAUUCCAAGGGGAGUGGGUAUGUACAUUGCUGAGGAUGGGAGUAUACAACCCAAUGUAUGUGUUUAA